AUGGAACAAACAAUUAAGUUAUUUUUAUUUAUUAAAAUUGCUUUGUUUAUCUAUUUAAUAUGGAUAUGUCAUUUUAAUCAUGAUAUGGGCGCCUCUAACAAAUCAUUAGACGAGAACUGCAAUAGUGUUAUAAAAAUAGGUACUAGAAAUUAUAGAAACCUAGCAAGAUAUAAACAGAAUAAUUAUUCAAGUAAUAUAUUUUUAAAAGAAAAUUUUUCAAAAAAUGGAGUAAAAGAACAAAGAGAUAUAUCCAAUAAUGAAAAACGAACCAGUAAAAAAAAAAAACACUCAUUUGGAAAUUCAUUAAAUAAGGAAGGGUUAUAUAUACAAGUUAUAGAUUAUAAUAAUGGAAUGUUUGAUGGAAAACAUUUUCAUUUUAUAAAGAAAUGGGUAAAAAAAAAGGAUCAUGAUGCUUUUUUUGAAAUCAACAAAAAAAUUGGAGAUAUAAAUUUAAAAAAAAUAACAUUUAGGAAAUACGGAUAUGGAGGAGCUAUAUUUUUAAUAUUCCUUUUAUUGGGAAUAGGAAUACCUGUAUUAUCAGCAUUGCCAGAGGAUAAAUGGAAGUGGAUUGACAGUAUUGAAUUUUUGAAAAAUUGGAAGGAUUCUAUAGAAACGUGGAUAAAAGGUUCAGGUUCCUAUGCUUCUAUAAUUUUAUUCACACUACUUAUUGUUAUAUUAUCUUUUAUGCUUAUAAUAGCAACUUAUAAGAUAUUAAUAAAUAACGAAAAAUAUGAGAAAAUUAAGUGGAUAACUAAUUAA